GGUGUAGUGAAUCCCUUAGAUGGUGUGCAGUGGACUCAAGAGACAUUGAAUGGCAUGUAUCAGUAUUUUAUCAAGGUUGUACCUACUGAAUACACAGAUGUUAAAGGCCAUGUUAUUCAGUCAAACCAGUUCUCUGUGACUGAGCAUUUCGAGAAAACGGAAGCUGGACGCACACAGUCACUGCCUGGUGUUUUCUUUUUCUAUGAUCUUUCUCCAAUUAAGGUGAUUUUCACAGAGCAGCAUGUGGAGUUCUUGCACUUCCUCACUAAUGUUUGCGCUAUAGUAGGAGGCAUUUUCACGGUUUCCGGAAUCAUUGAUUCAUUUGUAUAUCAUGGACAACGGGCGAUAAAGAAAAAGAUGGAGAUUGGUAAAUUCGGCUGAGUUAAUACAAAACCAUUUGUAUCAGGAACAAGAGGAGCAGCUCAAGAAAGCUCAAGUUUAUAAUUGUUGUAAGUUUAAUUUUUGAAUAGAGUUGCAGAAACUAGUACUCUUUGUCUCUUUUUUUUUCAUUCAAACUCAUGAUUACCACUUUUGAAAAUGUUCAUAGUUGACUAUGUUUCUCUUACUUAAUUUGAGGGUAUUUAUAUUA